GAAAAUUUCUGAUAAAGCAUCACAAACCUUCAAAUUUUAAUAACUUAUCAAGCUUCUUAACCAUAACCAAAAUGAUGGAUUUCGCCAUCCUUAUGGCAUACUAUCUGCUGUUUUGGUUGCUAUUAAUCAACAAUAGAGCAAUGUCAGAACCUGAAGAAUACCAAACAUAUAUCAUCCACUUGGACCAUUCUCAGAAGCCAGAGUCUUUCUUAACCCACGAGUCGUGGCACCACUCCAUAUUCAACUCUUUGUCUUCAGCUGAUGAAACAGAAAUGUUGCUUUAUUCAUACAACCAUGUUAUGCACGGUUUCAGUGCCAGGCUGACACCCUCUCAUCUAUCUGAAAUCGAGAAAUCUCCCGCUCAUCUUGCCACAUACCCAGAGUCAUUUGGCGAGUUAUACACAACCCACACUCCCAGGUUUCUUGGAUUAAAACAUGACUCUGGCAUAUGGCCUGCUGCUUCAUAUGGUGAAGGUGUGAUCAUAGGAAUUGUUGAUACGGGAAUCUGGCCAGAAAGUGAGAGUUUUAGUGACAACGGUAUGCCAUCGAUACCACAAAGAUGGAACGGCAAGUGUGAGAAUGGUACAAUAUUUAGCUUUUCUGACUGCAACAGGAAGCUCAUCGGUGCUCAAUCUUUUAGCAAAGGGCUUCAAGCUGCAGGUAUAAAGAUAUCCAAGAAAUAUGACUUUGACUCGCCAAGAGACUUCUACGGUCAUGGGACACACACAUCCUCCACAGCUGCUGGUAACCAGGUAUUAGGUGUAAGUCACUUUGGAUAUGCAAGGGGAACAGCCAGAGGAAUAGCACCAGCUGCACACGUUGCUAUGUACAAGGUCUUCUGGGCAACAGACACCGAUGAGAGUGCAGCAACUGAUGUGCUUGCAGGUAUUGAUCAAGCAAUCGCUGAUGGUGUUGAUAUUUUGUCAUUGUCUAUUGGAUUUAACCAGACACCUUACUUCAAGGAUAUUGUAGCCAUAGCUUCUCUUUCAGCUAUAGAGAAAGACAUUUUUGUUGUCGGUGCUGCAGGGAAUGAUGGAGGUCACAACUCAAUACACAAUGGAGCGCCUUGGAUCAUGACGGCAGGAGCUAGCUUGGUCGACCGGAGUUUUACUGCAUCACUUACUCUAGAAGAUGGGUUUAGUUUGGAAGGUAUAUCUUACUUUCCACAGAGCAUUUACCUUACCAAUGCUUCUUUAUAUUAUGGCGAAGGCAAUAUAAGCAAAGCAGUAUGCAACCAUAAAGCAUUGGACUCAAAUGAAGUUACUGGAAAGGUAGUCCUUUGUGAUAAUAGCACGAAAGUUGAAAUUGAUGAACAAUUAGAGGAGGUUAAGAGGGCAGGUGCAUUUGCCGGUAUUUUUUUGUCAGAUAAAUCUCAUUUAUUACCAGAAAAAUACACCAUUCCCGGCGUGAUUCUGAAUACUGCUUCAGGAACUUUGGUUAGAGAGUAUGUGACACGAGAGAGUAGAGCAAGGAUCAAAGGUAUGAGGUUCCUAACAACAAAAUUGGGUAGUAAACCAGCACCUCAAGUGGCCUACUUCUCUUCAAGAGGACUGGAUCCAAUCAGCCCAGGUGUACUAAAGCCAGAUAUUCUGGCUCCGGGAGUUGAUGUGGUGGCAGCAGUCACACCCAACAUGCCAUUCAUGACAAUUGGAAACUACGAUUUGGUAUCAGAUUAUGAACUAUGGUCAGGCACGUCAAUGGCAACACCACAUGUUGCCGGAGUUGCAGCUUUACUAAAAUCUGUGCACUGGGAUUGGAGCCCAGCGGCCAUCCGAUCAGCUAUGAUGACCACAGCAUAUAACAUUGACAACACUGGUAAUAUAUUGAAAGAUGAAAAUACCGGCCUUCCUGCCACACCUCUAGAUUUCGGGGCGGGUCAUAUAGAUCCAAACAAAGCCAUGGACCCCGGACUCAUCUAUGACAUGGAUUUUCAAGAUUAUAUUGAGUUCCUAUGCGGCCUAGAUUAUGAUCAAAGUCGGAUGAAAGCUCUCAUUCGACGAAAUCAAUGGAAUUGCAGCAAAGAGCAUACUGAACUCAAUUACCCUUCAUUUAUUGCUAUAUUCACCAAUGAAACGGUGAAGAGAUUUAGCAGGAAUGUAAAAAACGUGGGAGAAAAAGAAUCAGAGUAUCAUUCAAAUUUGGAGCUUCCUACUGGAAUGAGAAUCCGAACAGAGCCUAGCACUCUCACAUUCACUCAAAAUUAUCAGAAGCAGGGUUUUGUUUUGAGUGUAGAGAUUGAUAAAAAAGCUCCAAAUGUGACAUAUGGUUAUCUCAAAUGGAUUGAUCAACAUAAUCAUACCGUAUCAAGCCCCAUAGUGGCCAUUAAAACCUAG